AUGGAGCCUGUGAUGAAACUGUUGGAUAUACAUUCAGAUUUUGGUGCUGUUGAGGAUUAUUUUGAAGGGUUCGAAAUCUGGGAUAUGACCAAGGAAGAUGAUGAGGAUGUUAAUAUUGUGGCACAUUUCCUCACAUUCAUCGGAAAAGAAGCAUACAGCUUAUUAAAAACACUGGCUAUGCCGGGAAAGCCUAUCUCGCUUCUUUAUACAACUCUCAAGGAACUGCUGCUAGACUAUGUUGAGUAUACAAAUUUCGAACGCAAUAAAGGAAGAUUUUGUAAAGUGAUUCAUGAGGAUGUAAAAAAUUCCACUACAUUACUACGUCAUUCCAACCCAGUGCAUACUCAAUGCUAUGCAGAUAAUUCAUUGAGGAGUUGCAAUGCAUUUCACGAAGAUGGGCACAAGUUUGGUCAGUGUUUGUCCUGUGGCAUAUACCACUCUUUUAAUUCAUGUAAAUUUCGUAAUUCUAAGUGCUUUAAAUGUGGUGAUAUUGGACAUAUUCAGUCAGUCUGUAAUACUAAUGUUCAUCUUAUUGCAACUAAUAUUAAGUCUGGUAA